AUGCUUCCGUCAUGCCGCAGAGGCGCUUUCACCGCUGCCCUGUCACGACCUGCAUACGGUAGCAGAGUGCCACAGCAGUCUCAAUUUCAACCUUUAGUUCCGCCGUCGCCUGAAUCGUUAGGGAAGCCUGUCGCAGCCAAGCAGUACCGUCGCACAAGAGCCAUUCUCAAGCGAUUGAUUCAGUUGGGUCUCCUCACAGCCACUGUCCUGGCAGUCGACAGCUACUUCUUCGAUGCCGUUGUUACACGCUCUGCCCGCACAUUCAAGACCGGUCUUGUUGUUGCUCUCGACUACAAGAUCAACUUUCGCGCAAACCCUCCUUUCGCCGAUUCUGUCGCCGAUGUCCACCACCGCAGUGCUGAACGCCUCUUUCACCUUCUUCGCAACAAUGGCGGCCUCUACCUGAAGAUCGGUCAAGCUAUUGCUAUGCAGAGCGCCAUCCUACCCCCAGAGUUUCAGAAAAUGUUCGCUUCCAUGUUCGACGACGCCCCUCAGAACUCCUGGAAGGAUGUGGAGCAGGUCGUUAGGGAAGACUUUGGAAAAAGUGUCGAGGAAGUGUUUGGCGUGAGCUUCGACGGUGCACAAGAUAAAGGUAUCAUGGAAAGAACAGCCAGAGCUAGUGCCAGUGUCGCUCAAGUCCACUGGGCUCGUCUGCCUGAUGGAAGAGAAGUUGCCAUCAAGAUCCAGAAGCGAGAGAUCGAGAGACAAGUCGACUGGGAUCUGUGGACUUUCAAGGUCGUCUCCAAGAUAUACACAUGGUGGUUUGACAUUCCUCUAUACUCUCUGGUACCUUACAUCUCCGAAAGGCUGAUGCUGGAAACCGAUUUCCUCAACGAAGCAAACAACGCCAACGAGAUGCGAGAGCUCGUUGAGAAUGAGCCUCGUCUUCGCGGCAAGGUGUACAUUCCCAAAGUCUACCGCGAACUCAGUUCUCGACGUGUUAUGACGGCAGAGUGGAUCGAGGGUGUGAGGCUCUGGGACAAAGAAGGAAUUGAGGCAACAUGGCACGGUGGCUGGCGUAAAGGUAGCCCUGGUGCUGGCGGCGAGCUUCUUCCUCCUCCCACGAACGUCCGACCUUCGUCAGACCCCAACAACGAGAAAUUGAAGCCUAGUCGCGAUGAGUGGCGCGGUGCAAGCGGUAAAGGCGGUCUGGGCCUCAACUACAAGCCCGUCAUGGAAACCAUGGUCUCCCUCUUCUCUGCUCAAAUGUUCCUCUGGGGUCUUGUCCACUGUGAUCCUCACCCAGGCAACAUCUUCAUCCGCCGACUACCCAACGGCAAGCCCGAACUCGUCUUGAUCGAUCACGGCCUCUACAUCCGCAUGUCUCCUGAAUUCCGCCACGACUACGCUUUGUUUUGGAAAUCCCUCAUGACCUUUGACAACGCUACCAUCGGCCGCAUCGUCAAGGGUUGGGGCAUCAACUCUCCCGACCUUUUCGCCUCGGCAACCCUGAUGCGUCCAUACACUGGCGGCGACAACAGCACGAGCGAAAGCAUCAAAAAGCUCACUAAAUCAGAGCAGAAACAACGUGCCUACGAGAUGCAGAUGCAAAUGCGCAAUGGCAUUCGUCAAAUCCUCGGUGACGAGAAGAAGUGGCCGCAAGAACUCAUUUUCAUCGGUCGCAACCUACGUAUUGUCCAGGGCAACAACCAAUUCUUGGGCUCACCUGUCAAUCGUGUCAAGAUUACUGGGUUGUGGGCGUCCAGGGCGUUGACCGAACAACCUCACCUCACCUUCUCCCAGCGUUGGAAGUACUAUGCCAACCAUCUAGUGUUUAGAGCUGUGUUGGUGGGCACAGAUGUAUGGUUCUGGUAUGCCAAGAUCAAGCAGUGGCUUGGAUUGGGCAAAGGCAUGGAUGCAGACAUUGAAGAGCAAAUGAGGGCAGUUGCUGGAGACAUGGGCAUUGAGCUCAAUCAUGGCAUUUUUGAAGGGUAA